UUUAAAUUCCUCGUAGCUUAUUGGCUGUUUACACCAUCUUAUACAUUUAGAGGUUAAUUGGAAAACGUGGCACAUGGCUACAUCUGCAAGUGCUCCCUGUGACGUUUGUGCUGGGCAGUCCAUAUCAAAACAAGCUGUCAAAUGGUGUCCAGAAUGUGAAGAAGCCUAUUGUUCGGAAUGUAUUAAACACCAUGGUAUUGCCAAGGCAACAAAAGAUCAUCAAGUCAUUGCUGUAGAAAAUUACUUGAAACUACCGUCUUUUGUAUUAGAAACCAAGCAUCAUUGUGAAAAACAUGGAUCACGUUUCCAAAAUUACUGUCGUAGUCACGAGAGUCCCUGUUGCAAACGAUGCAUCGACACAGAUCAUAAGAAAUGUUUCGAUUUGCCACCUCUUGAUGAUGUCAUCAAGGACGCAAAAUCAUCAGUCGCGUUCGCAGAUAUUGAGGAACGUCUUUAUAGUCUGAAGAAAUUCUUUUCUGAACUGAUUAAAGAAAAAGAAGGAAACUUAAAUGAAAUAAAACUUCAACGUAAGACGAUCGAGAAACAAAUCAGAAAAAUACGACUGGACAUUAAUCAGCGUAUCGAUUUCUUAGAGAGGCAAAUUGUGCACAAACUGUCCAACCAAGAGGAUCGCCAUCAAAAAAAUAUCGAAAAAUUGUCAACGCAGUUAAAGGAACAAUACACUCGAAUAGAGAGCCUACUUGAAACCAUUAUAUCAAUUAAGCAGUAUGCCUCUAAUUUGCAGACUUUCUUGAGCACGGAAGAAGUGGACAGAGAGUUAUACAAGAAUGAAAAAGAAGUUGAAGUUUUAUGCGAAGAUGGCAGUUUGGAUAGACCCAGUAUAUCAUUUGUAAUGGACGAAAAACUGGGAAAUAUCAUUGGAGACUUUGAAUCUUUUGGAGAAAUAUCAAGUACAUAUAAACAGACGAAAAUCAUUCAUGAGAAGUCAAAAGUGAAUCAAGCACAAAAAGUAAGCGGUCCAUGCAAACAUGUUGACAGUAUGCAACUGUUACUUGAAAAGAAGGUAGUGGUUCCUAGACCAGGUAAAAGUGAAUUUGGUUUAGUAACGGGAUUUGUAGUAUUUCAAAACAAAAACUUUCUAUUUUCCUAUUGUGAUACCUUAUUAAGUAACAAUAGUUGUUUAAGUUUGCUUGACGAGAAUGGCAGCAAAAUAUUUGAUUUGAAACCUGACAAAAUUGGAAUUUCACCUUGUGACAUUGCUGUAAUCAAUGAGACAACAGUAGCGAUAACAACACCAAAGUCUUCCAAAUCAAUUGUUAUCUUCAAUAUUGAAACCAGAAAGGUUUCCAAAGUGAUAGACGCUAAAUACGGCUGCUUUGGUAUAUCAUUUUCCGAAAGUACUCUGAUCUACAGUUGUGGAGAAGGAGGUUUAGAAAUGAGAUCAUUGGACACAGGAAAUGUUUAUCCUUUGAAAUUUGGAAGUUAUACUUCCAAUGAGUAUGUCACUGUAUUCAAGAAUAAAAUUUAUAGUACCGAUAGCUCGAGUGACAUGGUAACCUGUUAUGACAUGAAAGGAAAAGUCCAUUGGAGAUGGCAAAAUCGUGACGAAAUUAAGAAAAUGCGCGGAGUUGCCGUUGAUAACAACUCAAAUGUUUAUGUUGCGGGUGUCAACUCAGGUCGCAUUGCGAUUAUUUCACCCGACGGCAAAGUAUUCAAAUCUUUUAAACCAGAAGGUAUAAAAAUGCCAAGAACACUGUUUUAUGAUAAAAGGACGAAUAAACUUCUGAUUUGCGAACAAAAUGGAGAUGGAGGGAUGUAUUCCGUCUACUAAAGUUACCAUCAUGUUAUUGUUUAUUUUGUCAAAUAAUGUUCAUGUAAUACUUUAAUAUAUAGAAUAUAAUAUAGAGGUGA